UUUUUCUGUUUCUUGGAUUAAAGAAACAGAAACCAGUUCUGUGAGUCCCCAUUAUCUCUUCUUCCUUCUUCUUCCUGUUAGUAUAAGAAAAAAAAAGCGUUGUGGGUUUGUUCAGUUCAGUUGGUGCUGGUGCUUACAUCUUCCUUGUGAUUUGAAGUGCAUCUUGCAUCUCACCAGAUUUCUCCAAAAGGGGGUUCUGUUCAUCCAGGAGUUACCUUAUUGCGGAUCUCGGUAAUGGGGGAGCCAUUAGGAAUGCUUAAAGUGGUGGUCGUUCAGGGGAAAAGAUUGGCAAUUCGGGAUUUUAAAACCAGUGAUCCUUAUGUUAUAGUCAAACUUGGCAACCAGGUAAUCUGGGUUCCAUUUCCUUUGGUUGGAUUUGUCAAUGUUUUGCUGCCUAUUAGCAUUAAAAUGCAGUGAAUCAUAAAAAUUGCCAUGUCAUAAUUUGGGAUAGAUCUUUGUUCUGGGAAAACCCCAUUGACGUUAUGUAAGAUCACAAUCCGCUGCUGUGGUAAGUUGUGAUUUACAUUUGAGUAAGAUCACAUUUUCUUUAAUAUUCUUUCCAAACUUCAACGUCUACAAGAAAAAACAUUUUCUGGAUUCUCUCACAAAAUUUUUGUAACCAUUACUGUUAGUGUUUGAUGCUGUUCUCUGUGUUCUAACCACUGGUAGAAGAGAAUACAAUGAAGCAAACAACCAUUUAAAAUCCUAAUUUUGGUAAACUAGGUUGAAAACAGCGCAGAACAGUUGGUUGUGACAAACAUCCCGUUUGUUGGCUUUACUGAGAAAUUAACUGCUAGAAUGAUUUAUCUUUUGCUUUGAUGACUUGUGUAAAACUGUGUUAUUUAUCUUACUAUUUGUUAUUACAUUAUUUUCUUGCCAGUAAUUCUUUUAACAAAAUUCUGUCUUUUGCAUCAGGUUGCAAAGACUAAAGUUAUCAACAGUUGCCUUAAUCCAGUCUGGAAUGAAGAGCUAACUUUCUCCCCCACAGAACCCGUUGGAGUUCUAAAUUUGGUGAGUUUCUGAUAUUUGUGUUCUUAAACAAUGAGUUCACCACUCUUAUAAAAUGAAGUGUUGAUGUGUUUUCUAGUUAAGAAAAAAUAAAAUAGGCAUAGGUUUACUCCAUCAUCCUUCUGCCCCCUUCUUUUAUUAUUAUCUGAUCAAUCCUGAAUGUGUCCUUUAAUUCGAUCUGUGACAUUUUAUUUGUGGAAUUGCGCAUUUCAAGGAGCGACUGCAAUAACCAUUAAUCAUCUGAUGGUUUGAUUAGGAUCCAUGUUCCAUGCCAGCUAGCCGUUUGUUUUGUGUUUGCUUUUAUUUUUAAGCAUGUUCAUGAAUCUGCUUGUGUUCAGUUUGGUAUGGCUGCUCCCUGUACCUUUCAGCUUUGAGG